UAGAGGUGGAGAACGCGAGGUAUACAGUCGCAGAAGCUCUCCAGCACGCGGGUCAACAUCCUGCGGGCCUGAUCAAGUGGAUCCGGCCGAACGGGAGAGAACGAGUCAAGAGGAGAAUCUUUUUUUUUCAAGGGAGGGGGGGGGGGGGUGCAAAGUCGUGUGAUGUCGGUCGUGGGCUCGCAGCCUUUCAUGAAACCAAUGCAGGCUACACCUUCGAUUUCCCCCGGCAUGCAAAGGAGACACACGCUUCCCGCAAGCGAAGUCCGACCGCUCAACACGCAGGAUGCCAUUUGCGUCUUCGAGAUCGAGCGGGAAGCAUUUAUCUCAGUGUCAGGUGAGUGUCCCCUGCACCUGGACGAGGUGCGUCACUUCCUCACGCUGUGUCCAGAGCUGUCCAUGGGCUGGUUCGAGGAGGGCCGGCUGGUGGCGUUUAUCAUCGGCUCUCUGUGGGACAAGGACAGACUCACUGAAGACGCGCUGAUCCUGCACAAGCCGCGCGGCUCCACCGUCCACAUCCACAUCCUCGCGGUGCACCGCACCUUCCGGCAGCAGGGCAAAGGGCCCAUUCUCAUGUGGCGCUACCUGCAGUAUCUCCGCUGUCUGCCCAACGUGCGCCGCGCAGUGCUCAUGUGCGAGGACUUCCUCAUUCCCUUCUACCACAAGUCGGGCUUCAAGGUGCUGGGGCGCUGCGCCAUCACCGUGGCCAACCUGACCUUCACGGAGAUGUGGUACCCGAUCAGCGGCCACGCGUACAUGCGGCGCAACAGCGAGGCGAUCCGUUUCCCUCAGCAUCCGUUGACUCUGCCACUGGCGAAGAGCGAUGGACGCGUCGAUAUAUGACCAAACCCAGGGUGUGGGUCCAUGUGUUAUCAGGCGCGGGCUGUCUUGCACUAUGUUGUUCUUUGUGGAGGGUGUGUCAGGUUUUUCUCAGCUUCAGUGACUGCUGAUUGUUUUUUUCGGAACCUUUUUUUCCCUUCUAAUCUCAAACUGCGUACAUGUGACAUUAUCUUGCUGUGUGCAAUAAAAACAAGAACGUACUAUACUGAAAUGUGAUUCAUUAGUCCACUUUGUUUAUCCUGUGUUUUUCCCUCACCUGUGGGGCAGUGGAGUUUGUUUACUGUCACUUACAGUGAUGUUGUACUCGUGGUGGACGUUUGGACGGUAAGCUGCAGCUGCUUAGCACCUUUCUGGGCUCUCCACACAACUAUGGACUGACGUCAGCAACAGGCUUUAGCUGCUCAACCACAGCUCUUGCAGCUCUUAUUAGGGGGCUUUAGGUGUUGUAAACAUAGGAGGCCGGCAUUCAUCUGUUAGUCUGCACAUCUAGACUUUGUAUUGUGAUGGGGUUU